CACGUGAGUCUCCAUUUAUUGUUUAGACCGUCCUACCUUCUCUGACUGGUUCUCCAUCCUUACGGAUUGCUAUUCGUUAUCUAGGGCUUGUGCUCUUCAUAUGAUUGUGUUGUUUCUAUCCGGGAAUCCUUGACUUGCCGGAAAAUGUCGGGGCCGCUCGAUCGCUUCGCCAGGCCAUGCUUCGAGGGAAGUUCUGGGCAAGAUGGAAGAAAAGAGCGUAAGUCUGAUAUUGAAAAUUCAGGAGAUGAUAGAAGGACAAGGAUUGGAUCUCUGAAGAAAAAGGCAAUAAAUGCCUCAACUAAAUUUCGGCAUUCUUUGAGGAAAAAAAGCAGCAAGAAAAGAAAUGACAGCAGAGUCCUAUCUGUUUCAAUUGAAGAUGUGAGGGACAUUGAGGAGCUACAAGCUGUUGAUGCAUUUCGCCAAUCCCUGAUCAUGGAUGAGCUAUUACCCUCAAAGCUUGAUGAUUAUCACAUGAUGUUGAGAUUUCUUAAAGCAAGGAAGUUUGAUAUUGAAAAAGCGAAGCACAUGUGGACUGAUAUGAUUCAAUGGAGAAAGGAAUUUGGUGUUGACAGCCUUGCUGAGGAUUUUGAGUACGCUGAGUUAGAGGAAGUUCUAAAGUACUAUCCACAUGGUUAUCAUGGUGUGGAUAAGGAGGGAAGACCUGUUUACAUUGAAAUGCUUGGAAAAGUUGAUCCCAAUAAACUCAUGCAAGUAACAACCAUGGAACGAUAUGUAAAAUAUCAUGUUAAGGAGUUUGAGAGAUGUUUUCAAGUCAAAUUUCCGGCAUGUUCAAUUGCUGCCAAAAGGCACAUAGACUCUAACACAACAAUACUAGAUGUUCAAGGCGUGGGCUUUAAAAAUUUUACCAAGACUGCUCGUGAAUUAAUUAUGCGAUUGCAGAAAAUUGAUGGAGACAACUACCCUGAGACGCUGCAUCAAAUGUUCAUCAUCAAUGCUGGCCCAGGUUUUAAACUGCUUUGGAACAGUGUGAAGUCAUUCCUUGAUCCCAAAACUUCAUCAAAAAUUCAUGUGCUGGGAACCAAGUAUCAGAGUAAGCUUCUUGAUAUAAUUGAUUCCAGUGAAUUGCCUGAAUUUCUUGGCGGUUGUUGUACAUGUGCUGAUCAAGGUGGAUGCAUGAAGUCUGACAAGGGCCCAUGGAAAGACCCUCAUAUAUUGAAGAUGGUCCUUAGUGGUGAAGUGCACUGUGCUAGACAGAUUGUUACAGUCUCCAACAGUGAGGGAAAAAUCAUUGCAUAUGCGAAACCACAUUAUCCUAGAAUAAGAGGAAGUGGUGAUACAUCUACAGCAGAAUCUGGGUCAGAAGCAGAAUAUGUAAAUUCUCCAAAAAUAACAAUGGCUUACGGUUCUAAUCCUCAGUUGACACCUUUGCGUGAAGAGGCCAAAGUUAUCCGAGUAGUAACCCCAUCUGUCAUGUCUUCUGACGUGGAUGAUUGUGUUCCUAUUGUUGACAAAACUGUAGAUGCAGGAUGGAGGAACAAUAUUUCUAAUAAACAAAAAUCCCGUUAUCCAAGAGAUGGCCUUCCUCCCUCAGCUCACUUUCCAAAGCCUUUUGGAGUCAGAGAUCGAUUUGUGGCCAUGAUCAUGGCUUUCAUUAUGGCAGUCUUCACUGUGCUUCGCUCAUUAACUAUCACCAUGACUAAGAAGCUUCCAGAGAGUUCUUUAGAUCCUGCUUACAGCUAUUCUCCUUUUACACUAGAUAAUAUUCCAAAAGAGGAAUCUCGCCUUCCUGCCCCAACUCCAGAGUUCACAGAAGCAGAACUCCUUUCUUCUGUGACAAGAAGGCUCGGAGAGCUUGAAGUAAAGGUUGACUCACUUCAGACAAAGCGCGUUGAGAUGCCUUAUGAGAAAGAGGAGUUACUUGACGCUGCCGUACGCCGUGUAGAUGCAUUAGAAGCAGAGCUUAUUGCUACCAAGAAGGCUUUACAUGAAGCCUUAAUGAGGCAAGACGAGCUGCUGGCAUACGUUGAUCAACAACGAGAGGCUAAGUUUAGGAAGAAGAGAUUCUGCUUCUGAAAGCGUACAAAGGAGUAGAGGUCUUUAUCGCUUAUGCAAGAGGUUUGCAGUGUAUACAUUGUGUGUAAUUCUCUUGGCAUUAAGUAUGGAAGUAGAGAGAGAAAUCGAAAGAGUGGAUUUUUCUUCUCUCAUUCUCUCUCUAUUUACCUGAGGAUCUUGUGUUAUCUAAUCACUGGGAAAAUUGUGAUCAUUUGUGAAGAAUUGGUGAAAAAUAAUAUUCUGUUUUGUUUUCUUGAUCUGUCUAACAGGAGGAAAAGACGGAUUGCCCUUAUUUGUUUUUUAUGAACUUCGCAUGAAGGAAAAAUAAAAGGUUAUUGGGCAAAUUAGAAUGUGUAUAAACUUGUUUAAUGAGCUUGAACAAUAUGUUAUAGAAAAAAGAAUUGAAACUCGUAAGUGUGCAUUAUUUC